UCCAGAACAGCCUCCUCCCUUUACCCUCACGCCCACACACCCUCUCUUUCUCCUUCUCCCUCUCUCUAAAUUUUUUGAUCAAAACUCUAGAGAGAGAAAAGUAAAAAUAAAAUAAAUACUAAAUAACACCAAACACCAAAAACCCCUAACAAACAAUGAAACACCACACCACCACCAUCGCCACUUCAAUGGAAGCGGCAGCCACAUCCUCAUCCUGCUCCUCAUCUGCCCCUACACCUUCCCCCUCCGACCAAUCCUCUCUCGCCACAUCAUCAUCCACUACCACAGCAACGCCAACAUCAACCACCACAACAAUUGACGAUAUCACCGUGGGGACCACGCGAGACGGAACGAACGGAGCGGCGGCAGAAGCCGUUACAAUCGAUCGGCGAGGGGAGUAUUCGGCAAUCUGCAAAUGGACGGUACAGAAUUUUCCACGUGUCAAAGCUAGGGCAUUAUGGAGUAAAUAUUUUGAGGUAGGCGGUUACGAUUGCCGUUUAUUAAUUUACCCUAAAGGUGACUCUCAAGCUUUGCCUGGCUACAUCUCAAUCUACCUUCAAAUCAUGGACCCGCGCGGUACAUCAUCGUCAAAAUGGGAUUGUUUUGCCAGCUACCGUUUAUCAAUUUUUAAUCCACUUGAUGAUUCCAAAACUAUACACCGUGAUUCAUGGCAUCGGUUUUCCAGCAAGAAAAAAUCACACGGUUGGUGUGAUUUUACCCCGGCUUCUACCGUUUUCGAUUCCAAAUUAGGUUAUUUGUUUAAUAAUGAUUGCGUUUUAAUCACCGCCGAUAUUUUGAUUUUAAAUGAGUCAGUCAGUUUUAUCCGCGACAAUAGUAGUAGCACUAGUAAUAAUGAGGUGCAAUCGGGGGUUUCUUUAUCGAUUUCGUCGAAUUCGGUAGUUGUGGGACCAGUAUCGGAUGUGUUGAGUGGGAAAUUUACGUGGAAAGUGCAUAAUUUUAGCUUGUUCAAGGAAAUGAUUAAGACACAGAAGAUAAUGAGUCAGGUGUUUCCUGCUGGGGAAUGUAAUUUAAGGAUUAGUGUGUAUCAGAGUUCAGUGAAUGGUACGGAUUAUUUGUCUAUGUGUUUGGAGAGUAAGGAUACGGAGAAGACAAGUGUUUCGGAUAGGAGUUGUUGGUGUUUGUUUAGAAUGUCUGUUUUGAAUCAAAAGGCUGGGGGGAGCAAUCAUGUGCAUAGGGAUUCAUAUGGACGGUUUGCGGCAGAUAAUAAAAGCGGGGAUAAUACAAGUUUGGGGUGGAAUGAUUAUAUGAAGAUGGCUGAUUUUGUUGGGGCUGAAUCAGGGUUUUUGGUUGAUGAUACUGCUGUUUUUAGCACUUCAUUUCAUGUGAUUAAGGAGUUCAGUAGCUUUUCAAAGAAUGGGGGUUUAAAUGGAGGGAGGAUUGGGGGUGGAGCAAGGAAGUCUGAUGGGCAUAUGGGGAAAUUCACUUGGAGGAUUGAGAAUUUUACGAGGUUGAAGGAUCUUUUGAAGAAGAGGAAGAUUACUGGUCUUUGCAUCAAGAGCAGGAGGUUUCAGAUUGGGAACCGGGAUUGCCGACUCAUUGUUUAUCCUCGAGGGCAGUCUCAGCCACCAUGCCACCUUUCAGUGUUUCUUGAAGUUACGGAUUCACGAAAUACUUCUAGCGACUGGAGUUGUUUUGUGAGUCAUCGAUUGUCAGUUGUGAACCAGAGGAUGGAGGAAAAAUCUGUCACAAAGGAAUCUCAGAAUCGCUAUUCCAAAGCAGCCAAAGAUUGGGGUUGGCGUGAAUUUGUGACACUUACAAGCCUGUUUGAUCAAGAUUCUGGGUUUCUUGUUCAAGAUACUGUUGUAUUCUCUGCAGAGGUUCUCAUCCUGAAAGAAACAUCCAUAAUGCAAGAUUUUAUUGAUCAGGAUACCGAGUCAACUAAUAGUGCUUCCCAGAUUGAUGGGGUUGGCAAAAGAAGUUCAUUUACGUGGAAAGUGGAGAACUUCUUGUCCUUCAAAGAAAUAAUGGAAACUCGAAAAAUAUUUAGCAAGUUCUUCCAAGCUGGUGGUUGUGAGCUUCGGAUUGGUGUGUAUGAGUCCUUUGACACCAUAUGCAUAUACUUAGAGAGUGAUCAGUCAGUUGGUAGUGAUCCAGAUAAAAACUUUUGGGUCAGAUACAGAAUGGCUGUAGUGAAUCAAAAAAAUCCUGCCAAGACUGUGUGGAAGGAGUCAUCUAUUUGUACAAAGACAUGGAAUAAUUCUGUCCUGCAAUUCAUGAAGGUGUCAGAUAUGUUGGAAACAGAUGCAGGGUUCCUUGUACGAGACACCGUUGUUUUUGUCUGUGAAAUAUUAGAUUGCUGCCCAUGGUUCGAGUUUUCAGAUUUAGAGGUUUUGGCAUCUGAGGAUGAUCAGGAUGCUUUAACAACUGAUCCUGAUGAACUCAUUGAUUCUGAUGAUAGUGAAGGAAUAAGUGGAGAUGAAGAAGAUAUCUUUAGAAACCUUCUUUCCAGAGCUGGGUUUCACCUCACAUAUGGAGAUAAUCCUUCGCAGCCACAGGUUACUUUAAGAGAAAAGCUUUUAAUGGAUGCUGGUGCCAUUGCUGGUUUUCUGACUGGGCUACGUGUUUAUCUUGAUGACCCUGCUAAAGUAAAGAGGCUGCUUCUUCCAACAAAACUUUCCAGUAGCAAUGAUGCGAAGAAGGCCACAAAGGCUGAUGAAUCUUCCCCCAGCUUGAUGAACUUGUUGAUGGGAGUAAAAGUUUUGCAGCAGGCAAUUAUAGAUUUACUUUUGGACAUAAUGGUUGAAUGUUGCCAACCUUCUGAAGGAAGUUCAAAUGAUGAUUCAUCUGAUGCACACCCAAAGCCUUCUCUUGAUGGCAGUGGUGCGGCCAGCCCAUUGGAAUCUGACAGGGAAAGUGGAGCAACAGAAUCCGCUCGGUUUCCUGUACAUGAAAGAUUGGAUUCUGGUCUAGAUGAUUCUACUAGAGCAUCUGCUGUUCAGAGCUCUGACAUAAAUGGGACUGGUAUUCCUGGACAAGCUCUUCCAGGACAGCCUAUUCAUCCACCCGUAACAACAGCAGGGGGUGCUUCAGGAAAUGCUUCACUUCGCUCUAAGUCGGACUUUCAGACCAAGUGGCCGGAACAAUCUGAGGAGCUCUUGGGACUGAUUGUCAACUCACUGAGGGCCCUAGAUGGAGCUGUUCCACAAGGCUGCCCAGAGCCAAGACGAAGACCGCAGUCUGCGCAAAAGAUAGCUCUUGUGUUGGAUAAAGCUCCUAAGCAUCUGCAGCCUGACCUGGUUUCUUUGGUACCCAAAUUGGUUGAGCAUGCAGAGCAUCCUCUGGUUGCUUAUGCACUUCUUGAAAGACUUCAAAAGCCUGAUGCAGAACCUGCAUUGCGGAUACCUGUUUUUGGUGCUCUUAGUCAACUGGAGUGUGGCAGUGAUGUGUGGGAGCGUGUUCUAUUUCAGUCUUUUGAUCUUUUGGCCGACUCAAAUGAUGAACCUCUUGCUGCUACCAUUGAUUUUAUAUUCAAAGCCGCAUCCCAAUGCCAACAUCUUCCUGAAGCAGUCAGAUCUGUUCGUAGUAGGCUAAAAAUUUUGGGGGCUGAUGUGUCCCCUUUUGUCCUGGAUUUUUUGAGCAAAACUGUGAAUAGUUGGGGAGAUGUUGCUGAAACCAUACUAAGAGAUAUUGAUUGCGAUGAUGACCUUGGUGACAGCUGCUCAACAUUGCCUUGUGGUCUUUUCUUGUUUGGAGAAAAUGCAUCUGCUGCUGAAAGGUUGCAGGUGGUGGAUGAGCAGACAUUCCAUUCUAGCAGUCAUUUUUCUGACAUUUAUAUUCUGAUUGAGAUGUUAUCCAUACCUUGCCUUGCUCUUGAAGCUUCUCAAACAUUUGAGAGGGCUGUAGGUCGAGGAGCAAUUAUGGCUCAAUCUGUAGCAAUUGUCUUGGAAAGGCGUCUCGCUCAAAGAUUGAAUUUUAAUGCCAGAUUUGUUGCUGAAAAUUUUCAGCAGGAAGAUGCUAUACUAGAGGGAGAAGCCAGUGAACAGCUGCGAGUUCAACGGGAUGAUUUCUCUGUUGUUCUUGGUCUUGCUGAGACACUGGCCCUUUCUAGAGACCUUUGUGUGAAGGGAUUUGUUAAGAUGCUGUACAUGAUACUAUUUAAAUGGUAUGCAAAUGAGCCCUGUAGAGGGAGAAUGCUAAAGAGACUUGUUGAUCAUGCCACCAGUACUACAGAUAAUAGUCGUGAUGUAGAUCUAGAUUUGGAUAUAUUGGCUAUUUUAGUUUGCGAGGAGCAAGAGAUUGUUAAACCUGUUCUGAGCAUGAUGCGGGAGGUUGCUGAACUUGCAAAUGUUGACCGGGCUGCUCUUUGGCACCAGCUAUGUGCUAGUGAAGAUGAAAUUAUCCGUAUGCGUGAUGAGAGGAAAGCAGAAAUUUCCAAUAUGGCUCGGGAGAAGGCAAAUCUAUCUCAAAAAUUGAGUGACUCUGAGGCCACUAACAAUAGGCUAAAGUCUGAAAUGAGGGCUGAGAUGGAUCGCUUCGCUCGGGAGAAGAAGGAACUUUCUGAACAGAUACAUGAAGUUGAGAGUCAGCUUGAAUGGGUACGUUCAGAGAGAGAUGAUGAAAUUAUCAAGCUUACAGUUGAGAAGAAAGUUCUUCAAGACCGUCUUCAUGAUGCUGAGACACAACUCUCCCAAUUGAAGUCCCGAAAACGGGAUGAAUUGAAGAGAGUAGUAAAAGAGAAAAAUGCUCUCACUGAGAGGCUGAAGAGUGCUGAAGCUGCACGAAAAAGAUUUGAUGAAGAACUGAAACGAUAUGCAACAGAGAAUGUGACCAGGGAAGAAAUCCGUCAGUCAUUGGAGGACGAGGUUCGGAGGUUGACACAAACAGUUGGGCAAACGGAAGGAGAGAAGAGGGAGAAGGAAGAGCAGGUUGCUAGGUGUGAAGCAUAUAUUGAUGGGAUGGAAUCAAAGUUGCAGGCCUGUCAGCAAUAUAUCCACACCCUUGAAGCUUCUCUUCAAGAAGAAAUGACCCGACACGCCCCUCUUUAUGGAGCCGGAUUGGAAGCUCUAUCGAUGCAAGAGUUAGAGACAAUAUCACGUAUUCAUGAGGAAGGUCUGAGGCAGAUUCAUGUCCUCCAACAGCGCAAGGGGAGUCCAGCCAGUCCUCAUGUGAGCCCCCACACCUUACCCCACAAUCAUGGGAUGUAUCCUGCUGCUCCACCUCCAAUGGCGGUGGGAUUGCCUCCACUGAUUUCAAAUGGUGUUGGGAUCCACAGCAACGGGCACAUAAAUGGAGCAGUUGGUCCAUGGUUUAACCAUACAUAAAUUUUGCAAUCACAGACUCGAUAAUGUCAAAUGUUGGCAUUUGUUCUCCAUACAGAGCCUGGUGACAUCCCGAUAUGAAGGGAUGUUCUCUUCGAGUUAUUUCCUGGCAUUUUAACUGGUACAACUGUUGGAACACUGAAAAAGAAAAGAAAAGAAAAAGUGAAUAAAAUACUACAUCUCAUGUGGAAGGGGUUGAGCCGGCGGCGGCGGGGAGCGAGUCCAAUACGACUGACAGUUGCAAAUGCCAUACUUAUUUCGCUUCUUUUUUCAUAAAAAAGUUAAUUGCAAAGCUCUUGAAAAGUUUUGUUGGUUA